GAGAGGGUGGGGAACAGGGCAAACGGGGGACGGACGGACGCACCAGCAGCCGACAUGGGCAACGUUUUCGGGAACAUGACCACCUUGAACGCGACGAGCAUGAUGACCGUGAUGACGCCUGAGGUGGAAAACUUCAAGCCCUCGUUCGACCCGAUGCUGGGCUUUCCCAACGGGAGGAAACGCCGAGAGAUGGUAGCCACGGAGGCCGAGCUGGAGUCUGCUCGCAUCCCGCCAAAGAGUCGCAACUACUGCGCCCACAAGCUGAUCGAGUUCAAGGCGUGCCGCAAGGACCACUUCCCGCUGGUGUACCGCUGCCAGCACGAGAAACACGAGUACGACGACUGCUUGUACCAAGACUACCUGAUCCGCUACAAGGAGUACGAGCGGGAGCGGCGACUGCGGGCCCGGGAAGAGCAGCGCCGACGCAAGCAGGCCGCCGAGAACCUCGAGUGAGGCGCCGCCACCUUACCUAGCUUCCAAUAAACCCCAGCCGUCGUUAGA